CAUAAAUCAUGACUGGACAUCCUAAAAUCGAGCCGGAUCCAAUAAACUCGCGGAAUGCGCUCUGCAGGCACCAGCACGCUGCCCGGGGCAAGUUGCUUUGCUGAACGCUAGACCAGCAAAAAAGACCAACCCACGCAUGGAUACUUGUAUGACAGGCAAAUUAGUCCCUCGAGUUCGAAGAGGACGUGGACGGAUAUCAUCGUGGUCGGUCCACCAAAAUCGCGCAAUAGAGAACACCAGAACUUGAAACGAUGUCGGCAACAUUUGACACGCGGUCGUUGACUACGCAGCAUUUAUUUUUGUACCGCUGGGCUAAGAGGCGGCAUGAUCGCUACGACAUGUCAUAUUUACCCUUUAUUUACUUCGAUCGGCGUCAACUAUCAUGCAAGUGGGAGGGCGACUUCAACAUCCGCACGGAAAAUUCCGAGCUGGUGGACGUCGUGCUUACAUGAACUGGGAGUCCGGCGAGCUCUCGUCCAAAGAGGAGAAGCAAACGCAAACGGAAUUGGGUCUGGUUUCGGCUGGGAAGACGCGUUUUGUGACGCCUCGCCUCGUUCUAGGCAAUGAUGAGAAUACAGACAUGCCAUUCGCUAGAGCGUUUGCCGAUCUUUGCCAGCUCAUUCGUUCACCAGCACUGCAGGAGUCGUUACUGAUUGUUUUUGGUCAUGACACCGAGACGCAUCAAUAUGAACUCGAGCGCAAGAUUCGUGAAGAUGAGGCGUCAGAGUCCAUCGAUGACCAACUGCGUGUAUUCUUCGAUACUGUGCUGGCUUCGUUAAUACAGGAACGCGAGACGACUUUUGUUAAUACCAUCCACGAGUGCGUUCAACAGGAAAUGCAGACUCAACAAGUAGUCAUUCAAAACCAGCAGCAACGCAUAACUCAACUCACACAUCAAAUAAUGGAAUGGGAGAAGCAGGUGGCCCAUUUGAAAGGUAAAGUCGAUCGGCGAGUAGCCGAAAACAACGCUCUACGCAAGGAGCAGUACAGACAAUUGCUUAUGUUACGAGAUAUCAUGAGCAAACAAGGGACAGAACCGGGUGCGUUAUCAGCUCUGAACGAGGCUAUUGCUACAGUUUUAGUCGGUAAGCAGACACCAGCAUCGGACACCGCGCAGACUAACGAACUGGAUCAAUCCAGAAAUUCUGGACGUGGUUGGUCAGCCAAUGCAAACACGCAGGUCUUACAUCGCGAGAAGGAGAAAUGGGAACAACGUGCCCGAGAGGCUGCGCUCGAGUGUCAACAACUGCGAGAUAGAGUUGCUUCUUUGACACAAGAGAACACUAGAUAUCGAGCUAAUGAAUCCACGCCCUGGUUCUUAAAACCCGAGAAUGCCAUUGCAGAGCGAAGGCGAAUCGCAGACGCGGUGCGUUCGUAUCAAGGCAAUUGGGAAGAGAUUGGUGAUUCACUCGUUGAACUUCUGAACAACGAUAUUCUAUGGGCGGCAGUGGAGAAAAGUGCUCGUCGCGGCAAUCGACGUAGUGCAAGAGGCCUUGAGGCGAUGCUAACGAAUCUUGAUAGCAAUACACAGACUGCUUCUAUUGAACAAGAGAAUAAUCUGGAGAAAGACGAGGACCCAGGCGUUCAUCAACUUGGCAGAAGACAGUCAUCAGAGCUCGGCCGUUUAAUUCCUUGUAGAGCAUGCAGCGGGGUCGGGUAUAUCCACACGGAUCGAGAUGAUGGCGCGAAUGAUGCAGAUUCGUAUCUUCGUAAAACACUCGAGCAGGUUUUGGAGCUGAAGACCCAACUAGAGAAAGCGAACACCACCACACUGGCACUUGAGGGACAACUUCAGUUAUCGACUAUGCACGCUGCAGAGUUGCAGGAGAAGAUUCAACAAGCAGAGCUUAUCAAGUCAAGUGCAGUGGAUAGUUGUCUUCAGACUGACUUGGAUGAAGAGGAGGGUAUUGAUGUGGAUGAGAUCAUGAGCUCAGCUUACGGCCAGGGCAAUCCAACCAUUAGACCCGGCAUAGCGUCGCGUCAACAUCGACGAAAUGUACAAUACGAUAACUUGAUUGUCGAGUUAAAGAGCACCCUUGCGGUUAAGGAUGAAGGUCUGACUGAAAGCAGGAAAGCGUUGGAAGUAGCGCAGGAAAGAAUGGUGACUUUACAACGCGCUCUACAGAAGGAGAAAGAUGCACACGCUCAAGAGCUGGCGAUGCUGAAAACCUCGUUGGCUUUCUCACUGAAGACUGGCAAUACCAAGAUCGAAGAGCGACAAGCAGCUGUGAAGCUCCUGAUGAAAAAAUUCGCCGUGAAAUCGCCCGUAAAGGAGGUUAACCUUCUUCCUCCAAUGGACGAGUCCAAGCACGAAGAAGACGAUAAUGAAGAUGAUAUAGGUGAUAAUUCGAAAGUGGAGUCGACUACAAGUGAACAAGUUACUGAUCAGAAUGAGGUUAAGAGAAUGGAAGCCCUGGUUGAACGCUACGCGAAAGAUAUAAUUCGUGUAAAGAAGGAGCAUGAGACCCAGCAAGAAUUACUGAAAAAGGCUGAGGCAGAGAUCGCAGAGGAAGACGAGAAACGAAGUCGGACCAACAGUAUUUCUCAAGGCAGUCUGGUCGUCAGCAUGGCGUCACAUCCUCGCGACUUGUUCAAGGCACUUUCCACCGCUCAAGCGGAUAUUAUGAAGCAGCGUCGAGCAUCGCAACGCUCGUCAGCGCUUCAGACCGAUCGGCUGUUAACACUAACAACGCAUUUAGGUCACAUGUCGGAGGAGCUUUGCACGCUGCGGAAACGAAAUCUAGCUGAGGUGGAAUUCUGGAAACUGGAAUGUGAAAAGCUCCAGAAUACCAACAAAGCGCUAGAAGCGGAACAACAAAUUUAUCAGAAACAAUUACAAGAAGCACGCAAUCAAGCGGAAUCAGUCGAAUUCAACACGGCUGGGGGUUGUUCAAUCUGUGAAAAGCACAAGAAGAGACUGAUGCUGAUUUCGAAUGAGCUUUUGAACCAAGCACAACUUAUCCAGACUGACCCAGAGGUUGAGGUGCCUGCUCCGUCAACGCUAACAGAAGCAGAACGAAAACAUGUCAGCAAUGCGUUAUUGGAUUUAGAGAAUAUUUACGCUGGAAUGACUGGAACAAAGCAGCAACUCGCACGAGAAUUGGUCGCUGCGCAUCUCGGUAACGUGCUCAGUCCACGGUCUAGACGUACAACGAUUGCCAACGCGAAGUCGGAAUCGAAGGACGCAAAACCGAGCAAUCAAACUAUAGUUAAAGAAGGAGGAUCGCCACUAUCGACCCGAAGUACACAAGGUUCACCAAGGAAAAACUUUACUAGUACGAAGGGCUCGAAGUCUAGUCGCCAAUUGAAAACAACUGAAGCUGUCGAGAAUAAGCCGAAAGUAAACCCGCCGCAACAGAUUCAAAAAUCCACAACUGAAACAAAUACUGACGUGGCUGUCAGCAAUGAUACCUGUGGGAACGAAACCACGCUUGAGAGUGCUUUGCAAAGGAAAAAGCUGGUACAUGAGGUUUUUGAAGGUGGUGAUACUCUACCGACAAAACGAGGUCUUGCACAGACACCUGAAAUGCCCGAAAUCGACUGUGUAGUGGAAGAAAAUGUUGAAUCUGGGGCUGAUAAUAACGCUGGUACAAGCACGCAUUCUGCCGACUUGCGCACUACUAAUUGUACAUCUUUCGAAGAUCAAGACGUGUCUGCAUCUGACGAUGAGGCAAUUUCGGCUCUCAGUGUGGAAGAAUCGUCAUUAUUGAACAGUGACGCUGAUAUCGAGCGUGACCCUGAGGUGAUUCAACAGCUUCGAGUGCUGAUCAACCAAAGUUCAGUAGCUAAAGGACAAUACGCCGUUAGAAACUGGCAAGUUUUGGUGUUCCGAGUAAUUUGUCUGUCCAGCGAGAAGCGACUCGAUCAGAUAAAACGCAGAGCCGAUAGACGAUCGAAGAUUCAACCCGAUGGAACUUUCCGUUUGACCAACUACAAGAUAAAUACUAUGUGUGAUGCCAUGACAAGGAUCGUUCAGCAGCGCAAGGGUGCUUUGGAUGGUGCCAUAUCAACCCAAUCUAUCGCGCGAAACGACCUUAAAAAGGCCCAAGCACAUUUGCUUCAUGGUGUAUCCAUGCUUCUUGAUAAUUUGAGCGGAAAGGGAAAGUCAAGAAUUGAACUUAACGAGUUCCUGUACCCAAUUCAGGGUGGUUCUCCUAGGAGAAGUCCAACUAGCAAUCGUCCCCUGUAUCCGUACGCGAAAGUUCAUAUGAACCAUAUUCCACAAACUCAACAGAUCCCGACGUCAACCUUUCCAGCUUUAGCCAGUCCUUCCUUGGAUCAAGAACGAAGCAAUCGGUCCGAUUACACUGGCGGAAAAUCUCCUCAAAAUUCGAGGGGAGAAGAAGGAUAUCAACUGCCACAACGACUCACUAAAUCUGCGGGGCCACGUCCAUUCAACUUAGUUCAUUCAUCCAUUUGCGCGCUCCGAGGAUCUAUGCCAUUCCCUGACUCAGCUCACACUUGGAGUAGUAAAGAAUCCGAAGGAAGUGCGACCUCAGUGACCAAUUUUGUGCAACAGCGACCGGUAAGGCCACAUUCAUCUCCUGCUGGUCCACGGUUCAUGUCUCCUCGCUCUCAAGAGUUAAUGUCAUCAGCUUCUUCACUUCAUACAACCGAGAAGAUCGUUGAAGCCUAAAUCCAGCACAUCGUCCAGAUAAAAAAUCUGGACGAUGUGCUGGAUAAUAUUAUAUGAUAGUUAUUAUUUUUUC